AUGCGGUGCAUCUUCGUCGCCGUCGCGCUCCUCAAGCACGUCGCAUCAUGCGUGUACCUCCUCCUCUUGGGCCUCAUCAUGCUCUUUGCAAAGCCGUCGGACCAAGUCAAAUUCCAAGUCUACGCCAUGACGUCGCUGAGUGCGCCCUUGUACAUGGGCUUUGCUUUCACCCACUUGCUCGGUGCGAUUUCGCUGUUUGUACCGAUCCGCUGCCGUCGAUCGUUGACGCCGAUCCGCUGGCGCAGCCUUUCGGUGCCGUCCCGGGUCGUCCAACUCGGCAACGUGGUGGAAACAACCGUCCAGCUCCUGCAGGCCUGGCGACUCAGCAAGUAUACCGUCGACGUCGACGUCUGCGUCGCGUACGCCUUUCUCGUGAGCCUUGCCGCCGUCUCGACGCCGUGGCCGGCACGGUCGGACGCGGCCCGCUUGGUCAACAGCCUCACAAGCUUUGGGCUCUCGACGGGGUUUUACCUUGUUGUCGUGGUGCCCGCGCUCCUUGUCGCUAAAUUUGUGGACCCGCGCGUCGGGUAUUCGUCAAAUUGGACGGUGCGCUACACGCUCCUGACCCGAUUUUUGGCGCCAAAUUCCGCUCUGGAUUUGCUGGAAAAGGUCAUUUUGUUUUCGGCCAGUCUAUGGAACGUCCGACAACUGGUCGACCCGAUGACGCUAAUGCGUUCGUCGGUCGUGGCCCCCACCGCGAUGACCACUCGCGCGAUUGGUCCGCUCGUCGCGUCCUUCGAGAGCUGUACGUGUGCGUUGCUUCGCAUCGAGUGCAACGACACCAACGUCGCGUACACAACGAACCUCUUUUCGCCCGAACAACUCGGUUCGAUGCUGUUUUACGUGCAGUGGGUGCGCUGUCCACUGCGCGACGGACUCAAUUUCUCGACGUUGUCGCAAUUUCCGCAGCUCUACGGACUCACGGUGCAGUCGGCGCAGAUCAUGACCAAUUGGUCGCUGCCACCCAACACGGCAUGGCCACCCAAUGUGCUGUCGCUCAAUUUUUACGAUACGCCGUUUAUGGACAUCCCACCCGCCUUGUCGGUGCUACCAACCUACUGCCAGACACUGACACUUUCUCAGAGUCUAACGACAUCGACGCUGCCGCCGACGCGGCCGUCGUCGUGGGCCAACCUCGCUGCACUGCUCCUGCACGACAACCACCUGCAAGAAUGGCCCAACUGGAUUCACGAGCUCCGCGCCCUCGAGCGGUUGGAUGUUUCGUCGAAUCAGUUCAACUCGAUCCCCGAGCAUGAGCUACUCGCGCUCCCGGCGCUGAGCCGUCUCCAGAUGGCCCAAAACCGAGUGCCAACGUUGCCGUAUGCGCUGCUAGCGGCCAAACCGGCGCUCGUGCUGGAUUUGAGCAACAAUCCGAUUGACAAGGUCACGUCCGACGAGGUCGCGGCACGGAUUGCGGCGCGGCAGGUGCUCGUUGAUGGCAGUCCGUUCUGUCUCGCUGGUGGCGACGGCUGCGACGCCGUGUGCGGACCCACGUGCUCCAACCUCGCGCGUGGCAACAAUGUGUGCGAGCGCGGCUGCUACAACCGCGAGUGCAACUUUGACGCUGGCGAUUGCGCCGCGAAUGGCACCCAGUGGUGA